AUGGAAUUGCAUCAUCAGGUUACGGUCCUUAUGCUUGGUGAACCGCCGUACUUCCGAAUCCUUUUUUCCAGAAAUUUUGACGGUGCGGGAGCCGAAGAGCUUAGCAGCGAGGUUGGAAGCCACUUGAGGGAACUACGAGCAACGCUUUCCGCGGCACAGCGGGAGCUUAGGACAGAUGCCAGUCUGAUUUCGGUUCUUGAAGUCUUAGCAGUCUUAGCUAUCGAAGCCUUCGUGGCAGGACCUGAUCUUGCCUCGCUGAGCUCAGAGGCGGACUGGCUGGCGGAGCAGCGCCAGAUCCUGGAGCAGCUUUCAGGCUCUUCGAUGCUCUUCCGUGCUCUUCGCCUUUUCUUGGCUCCGCAGCUUUCCACGCAGGCGGGUCCAAAGGAAGAAGGCGGACUGGAGAUGGCAAGAAGCAGCGCCUGGGCUCGGACGGCUGUUCGACAAGAGUCGGCAGAGCUUCCGUUGCGAGCGUGGCCCAGGGGGACAGCGAAGAGCUUCCUCUUCAAUGGCAGAUGGCUGGAGAGGCGAAGCGCCGCCGAUCGCCAGAGGGGUAGCUCGUCAUUCUCGUCAUGUCAUGACUUGCGACUCGGGUCCCCGUUGUGCUCCAUGGUGAUCGUCUUUGGGAGUCUGAUGAUCCCCACGUUGGUAAAAGCAUUGCGAGAGACUGAGGCCGACUCCUUCCGCGCCUUCCUUAACUUCCUGCAGGGCGCAGAUGGUCCCAGCGGUGACCUCAGCCCGGUGAACUUUCUGCAGAUUCUCCACUGGAACCAGGAGUUCGGUGUGGAGCACAUCCGAGGACAGUGCGAGGCCUUCCUGUUGGACCCGCGGUGCCGCGAGGCCAUCGAGCUUUCCCCCGACGAAGUCCUAGAGAUCGCGGCGCGGCACAACAUGCCAAAGCUGUAUGAGAAAGCCGUUGAAGUGACAGGGCAGGGGAUGCAAUACAUCCAGGUUCCAAAGGGAGAGCAGCCAACCAAGUUCGAGUCGGAGGACCUCAGAACAGACGUGGUCAAAGCUCACCUCUCGAUGGGCCUCAUGUGUGCAGACGGGGAGAUGCGUUGCCGGCAUCGGUAUGCCGACCAAGCUUUGCUUCCUGACGCCCAUGAGCGAGCGCGACUUCUUUGGAAGUCACGGGGUCGGUUUCGCAAACCAGCUCCGGCAGAACCUGACCAUGACUGGCGAUGCCCACAGAUGGUGUGGCCCCACCACUCGUUCCGCGGCGAGGACUGGACGGCAAUAGCUUCGGAGACCCAACCGACCUUGCCCCGUCGAUCGGCAUUGAGGCCGAAGCUGCAUGCAAAUUGGAGUUGGCUCCUGCCCACGGCGACAGGAUCGUGCCCAGGCCACAGAACAGGCCGCUUCGGAUAUCCCCUUUCAGGAUCUCUGGAUGUGCCCUCACCAAGAGCUACAGAGAAACUGCGUGCCUGCAUCGCUGCGGACAGAGACUCUUGA